UUCGCUGCUUCGACAGCUUCUUGGGAUCCUGUGUUACCAGCCUUUGAGUCGGAGCGCAUGGACAAAAGGGGUGGUCGUGCGCAUUUGAUUGAAACAAUUGUUGAAACCGUUGACGAUCCGGAAGAAGAGUUCCCUUUGUUUCCAGUGCUCAGCAAAGCCGUGAAUCAAAUUCGCACUGAGGCCAUUCAAGCUGUCACUGAGGCAAGGGAGCAUGAGUUCAGGAGUCAGGUCCAGAGAUUGCAGAAAGAGGCAGAUGACUCUCGUGAAGAGGACAUUAGGAGUUUGGAGGAACGUACCAUCAGUUUCAAGGAAGCUGCUUCACUCAGGUUGCUAGCACUGCCAGAGAAUGCAGGAGCACUUAGGCAGUGGAAGAACACCUUAAUUCCUAUGCUGAACAGCUUGGACAAGAGCCCUGAAGGUCCAGUCUACAACUGGCUCAAGGAAGCGUUCCAAGCGAAUCGAGAUCCAAGUGAUGGGAAGAAGGGUCCAUGCAUCUUUUUCCCCAGGGGACUUUGUCGUCGCGGCACGGAUUGUCCUUAUCGACAUGAGGGCACCCCUGCUGCAGACCCAAAGGCAAAGGCUAAGCCGGCAGCUGUGGCCAAGCCAGAGGCAGCUGCUAUGGUUGCUUUGGUGGGUUCAGUGAUUGGGGCAGCAGCGUAUGUUCCACCAACAGUUCAAGAGGUCUAUCAAGUUGAAUGGGCAUUGGAUAGCAGUGCUGGUGAACAUUUAGCAUCACGAGAGGAAGAUGAUUCUUUUGUUCAUGGGGUUCCUGCUACCGCCUCACCAGCAUUUGACGGUGAGAGAGUCUCACGGGUAGAAGACACCGAACCAGCUUCCGAAGCGGUCGGAUCUAGCAUUUCUGUUAUUGAAGUUGCUGGUGGAGAUUUUGUUGUUGAUCUCAUCGAACCCAUUUCACAUGAUCGUGAAGCACCAGACUUUGCGGUUGAAACACCCGAGGGUCUCAAAGAUUUUGAAGUUCACACACCGCUUGAGUUGAUGCCAGAUUUUUCCGCUGAUGUCCCUUCCAAAGGCGCCUCGGAUCCCAGGGAUCCCAAAGACCUCAGCCCAGGCGAUCCACCAGAUAUGCAUGCCUCUCGAGGUACAGGCCAUGUGCCUUUUGAUCAUCUUCUAUGUCAUCAACCAGCAUCUCGGCAUUGUGAUGUGUGUCAUCAAGCUAAGCUUCGUCAACGUCCUCACAAGAGGUUUCAUAACCAAUCUGAAUCAUCAAGGGCAGCUCAAGUCAUUGAAGCUCCAACUGAAUUCUUGCAACGAAUCAGCAUUGAUCACAUGGAAUCUACGGAAGAAGGGCUCCGGGGGGAACAGUAUGCCUUGAUUUGCGUUGAUCAGUUUUCUUGGGUUUUAUAUGCUUAUCCUUCCAAGUCCAAGUCCCAAGCAGCAGUUGGGUCGGCUUUACGCCACUUUUGUCGUGGUAAGCGACCAGUGGUCGCUUUGGAUCGAUAUCCUAGUCUUUUGGUCGCAAUUUGCGACUUGCACAUGGUUUCUGAUCCAGCGGCUCCCAAUUCCCCGAUUCAUAAUGCUCUAGUGGAAUCUUCUAUCGAUGUGAUCCGUCAGGGUACUCGUUCCCUGUUGGUUCAAAGUGGCUUGAACAUCAUGCAUUGGCUUUGUGCCAUGUCGCGUUUCUCCUACCAGUAUGAUUUGAGUUCACCUCCAACUUUAGCUGACGGUUCAUUACGUGUUCAUUCCGGCAUGUGUUGCAAAGAUGUGCAUGUCCUGUUAGACUUGACCCUUUUGUCUUCGUCAGAUCGUGUGAGAGAAAUCAUCACCAGGGAUUUCAUUGCCCCUACAGGCCCAUGGAUUUUUCCGUUGACCAAGAUUCCCAUGCUUAGUACCCUAACACCCGAAAUUCCAGUGCCACCUGCAGUGAGUGAUGACGCAGUUGAGCCGGCUCGCAAUCGGUCCAUCACUCGUCGGCGUCUCUUGGCGUACGGUCACACCGAAGCUUGUGAAGGAUGCCUCAAUGGCACCUACCAACAUACUGCAGACUGUCGCGCUCGGUUCAAUGCCUUGCUCAAUGAGUCCGAUCCCCUUGCCCUGGUGGAAGUCCAGGAUCCUGUGCAUUUGUGGGGCUCGGUGCCUUGCACUGCAUGGUCACCAUGGCAAAACAUGGCAUUGGCUCAAUAUGGAGAGCCAUACCGCAUCAAACUGGAAGAGAAGCGUGAGCUGUCACGACAGUACGUGGUCAAAUUCAAGCAAGCGGCUGACGUUGUGAAGAUGUCCAGAGGAGGCUCAGUGACCUUUGAAUGGUCAAAGGAUUCUUCCGGAUGGAAGGACCCAGUCGUGGAACAAACCAUGGAAGCUCUGGAGCUCACAGGGGUCAGAGUUCAUGGAUGUUCGUUCAAUCUGCAGAUUCAUGGCAAGCGAGUAAUGUUUGACAAGGUUCCUGCCAUGCCAGUGGUUCCAUUUGUUCAACAUGAACAUCGGGAGAAAUAUGUCUUCGAGUCCAUGCCUUCUUUCCCCGUGCUAGCUACCAUCCAUAAACUUCUCACGCGUCAAGAGAUGAUGGCGGAUCCUUUGGCACUUCAGGCAGUAGCCGAUGCAGUGAAUGUAGCGAUUCUUUUUGGCCUUUUGUGGAACAACGUCAUCAGGCUUGCUGACGCUACCAGAGCGUUCCUGCAAGCCGAGUUGUUAGCCAAACAGGACACUUAUGUUUCCUUGCUCUUUGAGGCUGCUUUCUUGGCAGUAUGCAGCUUUUGCGUUGCAGCGGCUCUCUUUCGCUGCCUUGCUUCUUCUGCCGUGGAUCAGCGCUGGGAAGCAGCCCACUUUGAAUCUGAGCUGGCCCAUGUGUUUCUUUUAG